AGACAGCUUCAGAACAAGCGCUACCGCAACAUCUUUAAUUUGGGGCAAAAGCAGCCGUUUUUCAUGACUUUCUGCUGCAAAGUGAACCUCAGCCGUUACAUAGCUGACAUAUUUUGAUAUUUAAUGAUUGCUUAGCUGGAUAGGGUAACGCCUGCUGUGUGCUAGGUUAGAUAAUGUAGUUUUGCCUUUUGGUCCAGCCGUUUGUUUGUCAGGUGUGACAGACGAAGCUGGGAAGAUCACUGGCAACAAUUUCUCUGAUUAUUCUCUGAGAUCAAGACCUUCAAACUGGCUGAAAUGGAUGAACAGAGUGUUGAGAGCAUCGCAGAGGUGUUUCGAUGCUUCAUCUGCAUGGAGAAACUGAGGGAUGCUCGUCUCUGCCCACACUGCUCCAAACUCUGCUGCUUCAGCUGCAUAAGACGAUGGUUGACGGAGCAGAGAGCUCAGUGUCCACAUUGUAGGGCUCCGCUCCAGCUGAGGGAGCUGGUCAACUGUCGUUGGGCAGAGGAGGUCACCCAGCAGCUGGACACCCUGCAGCUUUGCAGCCUCACCAAACAUGAGGACAACGACAAGGACAAAUGUGAGAACCAUCAUGAGAAGCUGAGCGUUUUCUGUUGGACCUGCAAGAAAUGCAUCUGUCACCAGUGUGCUCUGUGGGGAGGCAUGCAUGGUGGACACACCUUCAAGCCUUUGGUGGAGAUCUAUGAACAGCAUGUGACCAAAGUGAAGGAGGAGGUUGCAAAGCUCAGACGUCGUCUCAUGGAGCUCAUCAGUUUGGUGCAGGAAGUGGAGAGGAACGUGGAGGCUGUCAGGGGAGCGAAAGACGAGAGAGUCAGAGAGAUUCGAAAUGCUGUGGAGAUGAUGAUCGCUCGUCUGGACAACCAGCUGAAGAACAAACUCAUCACUCUCAUGGGCCAGAAGACGUCCUUGACCCAGGAGACGGAGCUGCUGGAGUCUCUCCUGCAGGAGGUGGAGCAUCAGCUUCACUCCUGCAGUAAGAGCGAACUAAUCUCUAAGAGCCCAGAGAUCCUGCUCAUGUUCCAGCAGGUCCAUCGCAAACCCAUGCAGUCCUUCGUCACAACUCCGGUUCCUCCAGAUUUCACCAGUGAGCUCGUUCCAGCCUAUGACUCCAGCACUUUUGUUCUGGUCAACUUCAGCACUCUAAGGCAGCGGGCAGACCCUGUCUACAGCCCUCCUCUACAGAUAUCUGGACUCUGCUGGAGACUCAAAGUCUACCCUGAUGGUAACGGUGUGGUCCGUGGAAACUACCUGUCAGUCUUCUUGGAGCUGUCCGCUGGACUCCCUGAAACUUCUAAGUACGAAUACCGUGUGGAGAUGGUCCAUCAGGCUUCCAGUGACCCAACAAAGAACAUAAUUCGGGAGUUUGCUUCUGACUUUGAGGUCGGUGAAUGUUGGGGCUACAACCGCUUCUUCAGACUGGACCUUCUGGCCAGCGAGGGCUACCUGAACAUGCAGACUGACACGCUGGUCCUCCGCUACCAGGUUCGCUCCCCAACCUUCUUUCAGAAAUGCAGAGAUCAGUACUGGUACAUCAGCCAACUGGAGUCAGCCCAGAGCGGCUACAUCCAACAAAUCAACAACCUCAAAGAGAGGUUGGCUAUUGAGCUGUUUCGCCGUCAGACGUCACGCAGUUCCUCACCUCCCGACAUGAGACUCGCUGCAAGCACCACAACAUCUGACAGAGACCCUCGCUCUGUGAAGAGUGAUGACGACAUCCAGACCACUUUAAGCAACACUAAAAAAGGAGAAGAAGAAGAGAGGACCCAGCACGAUGACUCUAAUGAGCUCUCAGAUGGUGACCUGGAGGUGGACUGUCUGACGGAGGAGGAGGUGAACCCGCUGGAUGGUAGCAGCACCUCAGGAAGCUCCACAGCCACCAGCAACACAGAGGAGAACGACAUCGACGAGGAGACCAUGUCUGGAGAGAACGAUGUAGACUUCAUUGGCAACCUGGAGACAGAAGAAGGAGAGCUUCCUGAUGACUUGGCAGGAGCCACAGGUGGGUCCAGCGCCAGCAUGCGUUCUUUACAUCGCAGUUCUGCAGCCAGUCGCAGUGGAAGCAGUAGCUGUGCUGCUGCCGGCGGUGCUGUCGGUCCGGGUAGUAACAGCCUCCUAGAGAUCGACCCAGUCAUCCUGAUCCAGCUGCUGGAUCUGAAGGAGCGCAGCAGCGUGGAGUCUCUGUGGGGCCUUCAGCCUCGGCCCCCUGUGUCCCUGCUGCACAGCCAAGUUUCUAUUUCUCUUUUUCUUCCAGCUCAUUCUCACUCCAGAAAAGAUCGAGAGCGGCGGCCUCAGGUCGUGCGACGAUCAGCUCCAGACUCGGGAGUCCUGAUCCGUCUCAAGGCCCAGAUGGCCGAGGUCCGCAGUAAGAUGUCCGAUGUCAAGAGUCAAGUGAUGGACGCUCGAGGGAAUGGAGAGCCCAGGCCCGGCCCCUCAGGGAGCUUCAGUGUGGAGGAGGUUCCCUCUCACCACGCUGACUCAGAGCUGUCAGUUUGUCGCAAACCCGGGGAGUUGGACCUGCUGGGGAGAGCGGCUGCUACCCGAUCCAGGCCUUGCCGCCCUGCAAGGAAAUCUCUUUCCCCAGUCCUGGACAGCAGCAGCUCUGUGGUGGUGAAGAGGAGGAGUCCAGAGGAGAUGGAGAAAGACCCGAGAGGAGCAGAUAUGGCCACAGAACUCAGCCUGCAUCUUAAAGAUGGGCUUGGGGCUGAAGGAGCGGUGAAGGCCGACGGCACCCAGAGCUCUCUUGUGUCGCUCAGCAGCUUGUCGUCAGAACAGGCCUCCACCUCCAAGCAGCAGUACUCUGUGGAGCUUUACGGGGCCUCAGGGUCCAGGGACGACAUCUUUUCUUUGGGAGGACCGAGCUACAUGUCUGCCAGCAAGAACUGUGGCAGUAGGACCCUAGGGGUGGCCAUGUUGGACUGUGACUCUGAAAGCUCAGGAAACCCCCAUCAGUCCUUGCUAGAGGGGCUUUCUGCUCAGCCACAGUCAAAUGAAGAUCCAUCACCAUCUGUCCUUGUGGCAGCAACGAGCAGCGACAGCGACACAGAGGAUGAAGCUCUGCAGAGCAACAACUCUCGCUACGACAACCAGACUCCUCCCUGCACAGGAGAGCAGCUGCUGUCUGACGACAUGAGUCUACCUGCCGACAGGUGAUCCAGUCUGAGCCUGCUCAGCACGUCCAGGGACGACAAACGCUAGUUACACACAUCUGUAGAGUAGAACCUGCUCGCUAUGCAUGAAGUCAGAAUGAAGACGCAACAACUUUACUGCUUGUCCAGAGACAGAAACAUUUCUUUAGUUGUCCUGAAUACUUUUAGAAAUAAACUAUGACUGAAAUAAUUACAAUGAAGAUCAACCAGGCAGGUUGUUUUUGGUGGUUACAGAAAAAAAACAACUGAAUUUCAGAUCUAGAUUUGAAUCUAGGAAGAACCAGAUGAUAUCGAUAUUUUUCCAUGGAAAAUAUGACUGAAGGGCCAAAGUUAAGCCUCUGUAUUUUUUCUAUAUUUAAUUAUUUCAACCACUGGAAUCAAAACGUGCCUAAGUAUUUGAAAUUUUACAACUUUAGUGCGUUAUAAUUAGAAUUUUCCUCUUUAACAGAACCAAGUUUGAUCCUUUUUCUCCUUGACUGCAUCUUUAAAAGUAUUUAGGACUUUUCUUUCUAAACUUUAGUGGACACAUUUUUUCUGGACUGCAGUGUUUAGUCACUUUAUCACCGUCUGUUACCUUUUCAGUGUAUAAAGCUUUUAUAUCUGACACUUCUACUACAUAAGAACAUAAGUUAAAGUGUAUAAAACCUGUAGCUGCUCAAUCGGAGCUCAGUGUUUGAUAACUCCUGUCCGUUUUAUUCAGCCUGUCUGCUUUUGUAGUCUCCAUCUCCUCUACUUCCUCCUUCAGCUCCCUGUGCCGCUGCUUCAACUCUUCAUCCAUUCCUUAAACAUGCGGUUACUGCCACGCUGCAGCUUGUCGCUUGCUUAAAUCCUCUCCUUUUUCUCCCUUCAGCUGAACCUGUAGCGCUAAAUUAGCUUUCCAGGUAACUUAUGUAAAUGUCUCCUCUGUUAAUAACAGCAGCAACCGCGGCGUCUGUCUUUAUGUGACAUUUGAAAAGGGUAAACGAUCACUGAAUCACAUGGAUUAUAAAACACCUGCUGCACUGAUGUAUGUGGGCUGAAACUUUGAAGAAUUAGACUCUUAACACUUUCCAAGCGAGUGUUAAAACUUCGACAUCUGCUUGGACAUCGCCGGCCGAAGCUUCAGGUGCAUGUUGAUGGUUUUCACUCGUGCAGAGCUGCUUCAACAUUUAUUCAAAAUUCAGACGUUAUUUAAAGAUAAAGAAAAAGCUGAUAGUAACUUAGACGUCAGAUGUCUGCAGCAGACAGAGGAGAAGAAGCUGUGCUGUUCACUCUGACAUAAAAAUAAGAAAAGCAAAAAAGCAUCCUUUAAAAAAAUAAGUCGUCUUUAUGCUGCUCUGUUUGGCAAAUACUUUACUCAAAUAAUCACUACAUUAAAUAACUGAACACGAUUGAAAAAUGGUGCUCUAAAAAUUGAUAUGGUAAAGUUUUCUGGUAAUAAUUCUUCUAGACAUAAAAAGUCCUCAGAGAGUCAUCAGUCUAGUUUGGAAAUCCUGUCCUCUUAUUUUACAGUAUGAAGUAUUAAAAACAGUAGGCAGGAUUGUGCAGAUUACUCAGAGCUACAGAGACAUUGUCUCAGCAAAGAGAUGCUACUGAUAAAUUUUUCAAAUGUCAUUUUCUCCGCUGUGAGCUCGACAGAUGGCUCCUCGGACAGGCGUCUCCAAACCUGCACAAAUACAACAAAAAUCUGCAGACUUCUGUAGCACCAGAGUCAACAGAGAAACUGUUUCUGUCAUCUGGCUGAACACUUUUUGGUGCAUUGAAGAUUUUUUUCUUUUUCUCUGAAAGCUCGACACAAAGGUUUAAAAAUCGCUUCAAUUAUAUAACAUGUACUCUGUUUGCUUCGCUGCUUCUCCUUCAUGGAUUCAUUCUUCACCUGAGUACUCCCAGCAAACAAACACGAGUCGGACUGCUGCUGCAGAACGGUGCACAUUAGUGGUCAUGUUCACUUUCUGUGUUAUUUCUCUGUCCUAGAUGAUUUUCUGCACUUUGUAUAACUGAUGAUUGCUCUGAAAUGGUUCCUUUCAUCCUAACUGAGCCAUAUCUUGUUGUGAAGGUCACAUAGACUUUGGAUGAAUGAAACCACAUGACGAGUCUCUUCAGUCGGUAGUUUACAUUGUAAAUAUCUUCUAAUGGUGGAGCUCGCUGUACAUGUGCCUCUAAGUGCAUGGCUUUAUACACAUCAGUCAAACUGAAAUCAUCAGCUAGACUGAAGUUAGUCAUCUCCACCAGAUCACUUUUGUGUUCUUUGUGUAAUUUUACAUCUUUAUCGUUUAUUAAUCUUCUCUUGUUUGUGCUCGUGUCAAAAGCUGCUUUCAUUUUGAAUGUUCCCAGAUUGCACUGUGCAUUAUUUGAUGUGUACAUUUCCUUCUGUGUAAUAAUAAAAUGUUUUAA